CUUUAAUAUCAGGCACUACAUCGACUUCUGAAAAGUUUUCUUCGCAUGAAGUUUUAGGCCUCUUUAAGUCUUCCGUGACAUUCGGACAAAGUCCACCAAAUCGCCGCGAUUUGAGACUGAGUUUGAGCAGAAGAUGGACAGUAUCGACACAAAGAGGUUAAAUGAAACCAACUCUAGUGAUCGAGUGUGGUCAGGGUGUGCUGUGCUCUUCUUGGGGUGUAGCAGACCAGAACACAACCUUCUGUCGGUUUACAAAGACGAGCAAGGGAAAUUCAGUGUGUUCAAGGUCAUUAAGCUCACACUUACAGAUUCAGUUGGCGGACUGGAAGGGUAUGAAAUCCUAAAACUGCACGAUGCUGAUCCCUUCCUUGGGGUGGAACUGAAAUUCAUGGCCAUGCCUCCUUGUCGGCGAUUCCUGGAGAGCUAUGCCUGCGGUUCACUUGCACAGUUUCUGUCCCAGCAUGCUUUGCGUCUUCUCGCACUUCCCGAUGAGGUUGUGGUAACACAGUUGAAAGCAGGAAUACACACACUGGACCAAAGCUUAUCAGACCUAGAAAUGUGCUUGGAGCAUAUACGCCAAUCACAGCCUGUGCGUUUGCGAGAUGACGAGGUCACACGGUUGGAACAGCAGCUGCAGAACAGCUACGGUUCUCCCAGUCAGCCAUCACAGGAACUGCCUAAGAACUGUUUUCUGUUUCAGAAAAGAGUGUUUGAUGAUAGGCCAUUGACAUCUGCAGACCAGCAACGAUUCGCUGCUCAUGUGGGACGGGAUUGGAAGCAAGUGGGAAGAGCUUUGCAAAAGAACUGCCGUGCCCUGAAAGGCCCUGUUAUCGACAAUCUUGCCUAUGAGUAUGAGAGGGAAGGUAUUUAUGAACAGGCCUAUCAACUGCUUGGACGUUUCAUCCAAUCAGAGGGAAGGAGUGCCAAGCUGAGCCGUCUUAUCACCGCACUGGAAGAGACAAAACUUACCAGCAUGGCAGAGAUCAUGUUGGGCAUUCAGCCACGGGAUUGAGACUUUAACAGAAUGAAUGAUGUGUUUGUGGUUUUUUUACGUGUGUGAAUGUUUCCAAGAUACACAGCUAAAUUUGAAGUGUGUGACCUCUCAUUUUUGUGAUAUCUUUUAAUCAUGACUUUGAUUUAUAACUGUCCUCACAUUGAAAUGUUUCAUAGAUGUAUAUGUCAUCAUGAUGUUUAAAAAAAGCACUUCACGUGAUUCUUUGUUUUAAACAUUAAAAUACUUUUAGCAUUGAUGGGAGAAGUGUUAUUGUAAGAAAGCAUUUAUUGUAGCAUACCUACUAUGACUAAUGUGGAUUGACUUAAUAGGCCCUGUACAUUAAUUGACUCACUGAGGACAGCUGGAAAUACAGUCUUUGAUAACAUUUAAAAAAAUUAAAUUGUGAAGGGCAAAUUUCUAUAAUGCAUAGCAAGGAUUUUGCUCAACUAUAGAGUACUUUCAUAAUAAUUAGAUAAACUGUUUUCUAGACCAAAACCAUGCUUGAUCUGAUUAUAAUACUGAUCUGUUUUAUUUAAGAGAUUAGACAAAAUUAAUAUGAACAUUCCUGGAAUCGAUAUUGGUAUAGGAAAACAUUUUUGAUCCUAAAACAUUAUUCCCUAUAUGUUGCAGUUUUCCUCUUCAUAAAUUGUAUGAUCUGAGAAAAGGAUGUAGGUGUAAUGAAGUUGCCAAUAGUCCAACAAUCAGUUGGAGAAAAAAUAA